UUCAGUUUGGGGAAAAGUCUUGGCUGUCGCUGCUCGAAAGAUAUUUUUAUUGGGAAAUUUAUUCGUUAUGGCUGAGGGAAAUAACCCAUCUGUACCCAAGAAAAAGCGUCCAACGGAUCGAGGUCCUCAGUUCUCGUUCAACAUAGAAGUUCCUCGAACUCAGGAGAGCAGACUUCUCGGCAUCAAAGACCGCAUAAAGAUGGCCAGAGGCUCGUUGAAUCUCACAAAAGCGACCACAAGCACACAGAAUGCAGAUUUAAUGAAUUUAAUUAGCUUUUGAGGAGAAAAUUGAGAGGAAACGACUGACAUCGAGCGAUCUGAGCUUAUCAUCAACGGGAAGUCCGAACCCCUCUCUUCUCUCUACACCAUCCACAACUGCACGGUUUUCAAUUCCUUCAGCUUCUUCUACUCCAUCUUCGCGUAUUUCUUUGCCUUUCAGUGAUCCUUUUUCUCCAAUUUCUCUUCCACAAGAAGAACGUACGCUACAAAGAAUGCAAAUCACUGCAUCUUCAGCAGAGAACGACUCCAUAUAUCUCUGCAGCGAAGAAUCUCUGCGAACUCUGUUUUCUUUUUUCUGUAAUACGCUAUCGACAUCAUGUUGUUAUUGUGGAAAACCCCUCGAUUGCAAAUCACUCGUCUUCAAUCGACAGAGUCAUGUCGUGUCAGUGACAAUUUCAUGCGUUGGUGGAGAUUCUUUCAAGUGGCUCUCCUCCCCCAUCAUGGGAGGAUCUCCUCCAAAGUACUAUGUAAAUUUGAGGUGAGCACUCUUUCAUUUUUUGCUCGAAAUUUACUGAAAUUUAUUAUCUCGGUAUUUUAGAGUUUUUGUUUUUUGUAACUGGUCACUUAUCUGUCUCUCUUUUUCAUAGAUUGAUUCAUGGAGUAUUUUCCUGUGGCUUGACAGAGACACAAUACACAAGUUUCUGUCAAGCAGCCAACAUCGGGUCAGAGGGAGAAAAGACCUUCGACACAGGUUAGCAAUGCACAUUCUCAGAUGCUCUGAAAAUCAUGUAGUCUUUCUCCUUGCAAGGAGAAGGCAGUCAACAGCAGUUUGCAGGUUGUUAAAUCAUGAAUGUUCUAUCAAGAUAGCUCAAACUGACUGAACUGUUCCUUCUUUGGUUUCUGCCCUACCAGAUGCAUUCUAAAAUACUUCUAUUUUUAAUCACUUCAACAGUCUUGAAAAAGCUUGGUUACUUGACAGUCGUGAAGAGGGUUUCCAAUGAGUCGAUGUUGGCUGCUCAAGAACAAGUGAAGAGUAACCCUACAUAUGCUGUGAAUGGAGAGGUACAAGUAGUCAUUUUAACUUCAUUUUGUCUUUGGCCACAUACUUAUACACCUGCCAUACUCGGAGUAUAUUAUGUAGACUGGCACGUACAAAGAUAUAAAAUCUUAUAUCAGAUUGUAAACCUUGAAAAUAUCUGUGAGUAGAGAAAUGUGACCAUUUUUAUGUUUUGAUUUCUACCAUUUUCCUGCAGUGUGUUAUAACAGAUGCAAGGCAUGAUUCCAGUCGAUCAGCAGCACACACAACAGUGUCAGCCCUUUCUUUCUUGUGAGAUGCUUUCUACUCGAUUUCUUUGUAUGAUAUGUUGAACCUUUAUUAUGUUCAACACCAUUCCUAAAAUCAUUUCAUUUGCACUGAUUAUCUUUAGGACCAAAAAGGUGUUAGCAGUUGUCAACUGGAGUAAGGCCAAUGAAACUUCAGCAGUAAGCCGUGAGGUCCCUAUGACAAAAGAGCUGUUGACUUAUCUCUGUGAGACACAAGGUAUGAUAAGUUUGCAUCCUCAAUAAUAUCAUAUCACAUAUGUAAUACAAAUAUGGAGAUCAGAAGUAUAUUUUAUAAUGCAACUAAAGUAAUUCUUUUUUCAGGGUUCCAUGUUGCAGAGGUGGCACAUGACUUUGUAUUACAGCUAAAAACAUGGAUCUUGUCAAAAGGAAUGCUUAAUUCCUUUGACUCUUGGCAUGGUACUCAGUAUACACUUGUAUUUUUUGGCUCAUUUUGUCUUGAUGAUUAUGACUAUUUCUUGAAAAUUAGCCUUUUAUUGGUAUUAAAAUUUUUUGUUUAUUUUCAGGUGCAAAGUCUGUGACUAAAGCAAUGAAGAAAGUUGCCUCAGGACCACAGAGGGAUGAGGGCUCAAAGUGGUUUUUUGAAUUGUCCGACAAAGGUAAGAUAUCUCUCUUAUGAGAGUCAUCGGAAGCUAUAUUCUCUCUACAAUGAUCUGCAGAUGUCAAAUUCCUUCUUGAUAUGAGAUGAAUACAAUGGAAUAUAAUAAUUGUGAAUAUUUUACAGUGAAAAGUACAAGGACUCAUGUGUACUUCUGCUUGAAGAACAGUCCACCCACUGAAGAAGAAUUUCAGGGUACACUGUUGAAUGUAGUUGACCAUUACCAGGUAAUUUGAAUGACUGUUUAUUGAGAGAACAUAGUAUUUUGUUUUCAUUUUUGUAAUUACCUUUUGUUGUGUUAUUCUAGCAAGAUAUGACAUGAUCAUUACCUCAAAGAUUGCACAUAUUUCUUUAAUAAUGGUGAACAAGAGACAUUAUAUUUACUAUAAUAGAUUAGCAUAUCGGCGCCAAUCAUGGCGGCCACGUUUAGAGUAGCUCUAGUUUCUAUCACUAUUCUAUCCUGUUUAAGCGCUGCAUUUCUAAACCAUUUAUUAUCCUUCGAGGCUACUUUUAAAUCAAGGUGGGAACCCCUGCACACUGCUGUUCAACUCAAGAAGAAAUGCACUUGUAUCGUCAAAGAUGGUUUUCAUCGAUCAAGAGUUCCAAUGCAGAAGCACACUAAACACGGGUUUGUCUCCUUAGUCAUCCCUGGCCACGACCCUCCAUUGGACAUCACGGUAUACGUUGAUAUUUCGACCAACCCCGGUCCUGCUCAAUCUAUUAUCGCCAUUGGUAGCCGGCAGAGAGCCACUAGAGAUUUAAUUCGGCAGCUUGAUUCUCCAAUUCGCCAAACAACGACCCUACAGUACUCUCGGCGCGAACUGGUGUCGCUCCGGAAAAAUUACAGCCUUCAGGAGAGACGGUCAGUUUUAUUUAAGAACAUUCGAGCGGAUGGAAUUUUUUUUUAAGUACCGAGGGAAACGGUCCGGAAGACUUACUAAAACACAAUUAAAUACAGGCCGAAGCAAAUAUUCUUCAGAAACGAAUGAAUUUUCAACCUUGAAUAAUUAUUCACAGUCGAACAAUCACACCUUACCGGGGCUUUCAGUAAUUCCCGUGAGAACAACCACACGCGCCAUCUCCAGUAGUUACACAAGACCAAGAACUGUUAAUUGCUAUAACUCUUCCAUCUUGAAUGAAUCUUUACGGUUCAAUAAUCACGCCUUACCGAGACUUUCAACAAUUCCCGUGAGAGUAACUACGCGUGUUUCCUCCAGCCGUUACACAGAAGAAAGAGCCGUCAAUUUCAAUAAUCUGGCUAUUAUCAAGCCUAAGAGAAACAUCGACGCCAGGAAAAACACCUUGCAGUUCGUACCGUCAAUAGCUGUGUCUAAUGUAAUGAGUUUGGCACCAAAAAUAGACGAACUCGUAUUUUUUUUGAACACCCACGAGUUUGAUCUUUGUUGUAUAACGGAGACAUGGCUGAAAGAUUCUAUUGAUGACAGCGUAGUUGACAUUAGUGGCUACAACAUCAUACGCAAAGAUAGGACCCACAAGCUACAUGGGGUGUGGCUCUAUAUGUAAAAGAUUCCAUCAAAUUCUCAAUUCUACGGGACUAUGAGUUUCCUGACCCCGAGGGGCCCUGAGGUUUUGUGGGCCAAAAUCACGCCCAACCGAUUGCCCCGGGGUUAUAGUUGCCUUAUCAUUGGUACAGUAUACCAUCCUCCACCGCCUGCCAAAGAUGAGCCCCUCCUUGAUUACAUGAUGGAUUCUCUCUCUAGGAUAGAGAGUGAUAUCCCUGGCGCAGGUAUAAUUCUCGCUGGCGACUGGAACAGGGCAAAUGUUUCACCAGUUAUUAAGCAGUUCCGCCUCACGCAAGUCGUCCAUUUUCCAACAAGAGGGGAUCGUACACUCGACAAAGUGCUAACUAAUCUUACAGAACACUACGAGAAACCUUCUCCAUUCCCGCCCUUCGGACUAUCCGAUCAUUGUACUGUUGGUUUGUUUCCAAAAAUUAGAUCGAAGGCCAAUAUUCCUGCAAACAGAACGGUUACUACACGUGCUGUUAACGCUGAGUCCAAACAGUCUUUUGGUCGUUAUAUGACGGGGUCGACUGGUCAUUAAUCGACACUAUAGAUAGCGUCCAAGAACAGUAUGCUCACUUCAGUGACCUAAUUCACAUAGGGUUAGAUUCUAUCCUUCCCAAAAAGCGAGUUAAGUUCCACCGAAACGACGCACCAUGGAUUUCACCCAAACUCAAGGCACUUAUAGCACACCGUCAAAGAGCAUAUUACCAAGACAACAAACCAUUGUUCCACUACUACCGGAACAAAGUAAACAGGGAACGGAAGCUCUGCAAACGCUCUUAUUACAACACUAAAGUCAGCGUUUUGACCGAAAACAAUCCUAAAAUGUGGUGGUCCGAAUGUAGGCGGUUAUGUGGAAUGAAUAAAACAUCUACAAGUGUCGCAAAUCAGCUCCUAGCAAGUAAACCAGCUACCUCAAUCAACCUUAAGAUCUUGGCUAAUGAAAUCAACACAGCUCUGCUAGAACCUCAAGCUUCGUUUGACCCACUUUUAGAUAAUAUCGAAACUGUGAGCACUGAGGGUUUUAAAACUCCCAUUAUUUCACUGGAAGCUACCUUCAAAUGCCUUAGUACGGUCAGCUCCUCCAAAGCUGGGGCCCAGAUAAUAUCCCAAACUGGGUCUUGCGUGACUUCGCUCCUGAGCUCGCUCAACCUCUUCGUUGUAUCAUCAAUUCCUCGAUUAGUCAAGGGACUUUACCGGACAUUUGGAAAUGUGCAAACAUCACCCCUCUUCCCAAAACAAAGAUAGUUGAGGAUGCGGCGAAAGAUUUGAGACCUAUUUCACUGACACCAACGUUGUCCAAAAUUGCCGAGCACUACGUCGUCCAUGAACAUGUGAAACCAGCACUUCUGAAACGCCUGGAACCCGAUCAAUUUGGGUGUAUUCCAGGAUCCUCCACUGCGCAUGCAUUGAUAAACCUGAUGCACAAUUGGGCGCAAGCAACAGACGGAACGGGGAACACCGUGCGGAUCUUUGCGUUGGACUAUAGAAAAGCCUUCGAUCUGAUAGAUCACAGCCUCUUGCUAUCGAAACUCUCGACCUACAAUAUCAACCCUUACAUCAUUAAUUGGAUAAUAGCCUUUCUUAAAGAUAGGAAACAAAGGGUCAAACUUGCACAUGAUUGUCUCUCAGAGUGGGGAUCGGUCCGAGCAGGAGUACCGCAGGGAACAAAAUUAAGACCGUGGCUAUUCUUGGUUAUGAUAAAUGAUUUGAAAGUACCAUCAGCCAGUGAUUGUAUAAAAUAUGUAGAUGACACGACAGUGUAUGAAAUCAUAAGCAAGGGUGGUCCUAGCAAUGCUCAGUCUAUGAUAAACGAAGUAGCUACCUGGUCAACACUUAACUCGUUUCAACUUCAUCCGAAAAAAUGUAAUGAGCUAAGAGUUUCCUUCGUGCGCUCCCCUCCUUCCUACGAUCUCAUAGAAAUUAAUGGCUCUAAGGUUAGCGCCGUUAGUGUCGUGAAAUUACUGGGUGUGUAUUUUCAAGACAACCUCAAGUGGAACACUCACGUUACUGAGAUGAUUAAAAAGGCCGCUAAGCGCCUUUACUUUUUAACUCAGUUAAAGCGAGCCAAGGUACCAUCACCAGAAUUAGUGAAUUUUUUUAUGUUGCUUGCAUUCAAUCCGUCUUACUUUAUGGAUGUCAGGUCUACCAUUAUAGUCUCCCCGAUUAUUUGAGCUUAAGUUUAGAGCGUGUCCAAAAAAGAGAGCCUUGAAAAUUAUAUACGGUUAUGAUAAUCAUUAUAGAGAAGUGCUUCAGAUGGCAGAGCUGAAAACCCUAAGGGAUCGGAGGGAAGACCUUUGCUUAAAAUUCUUUAACAACAUCGUCUCCAAUCCCUUGGAUUGUUUGUACCACUUACCGCCUUUCGACAACCGAGAUCAACUUAUGGAGUUACGACGACGCAGACCAUUUAGAGUUUCCUUUAAAACAAAUCGGUUCAGAGAUACUUUCAUUCCAGCAAGCGCAAGACAUUUUAAUUGACAUCUAUUACAAUUGUAUAUGGGCCCAUAUGUAAAUUAGUUCCCUUUUAGGUUUGAUUUUAUUGUAUAGUUCUAUUAUAUAAUUUGUACACCUUUGUAAUUCAGCUUCCAGCUGCUAUUAAGGUAUUCUUAAUAAACGUCUAUCUAUCGUCUAUCUAUAAUUAUUACUACUGAUUUAUUAAUCUAUUUUUCCAUAACUUGGUGUAUUUAUUACUCAGGGUAAUCAUGUCAGAUGCCAUGCGGAGUCACGGUGCAAGCAGAAUGGCUAUGUGAUGAGCAAAAGACUGUUAACUAAACCUGAAGCAGUAGCUGCCUACAGGAAAGCCAUUAUGAGCACUUCAAUUUAUAGGCAUGCAUCAGACUACAUGCAGGUAAAUAAUUGACACAUGCUGUAUGUUUAUGUUUCUUUGCAUGAAGAAGUUUAUCUCUUCUUCCAAAUUAAUGAUGUUGAGGUAAGGGCCAUAAAUGAGUUGAACAAAAUAAUUCAUUUUCCAGUUAAAGAAAAAUCACCCAUAAUUUGUUGCCUUCUUUAGUGCAGGGAAACAUAUUGGAUUGAGUCUCUCCAUUCAGUGAUGCUCAUUUAUGCUGCAAAGCAGAUUCAUUAUGGGGAUGACUCAUACAACAUGCGCAUGGAGUUAGCCAUUCUUGAUUGGGUAAGAAACUUAUCAAAAUAACUUUGGCACUUUUUGGAUUCACUGCUUUCUCAUGCUUAUUGACUCAUUUGUCUUACAGAAUGAAAAUGCGAAUCGAGAAGCAUCGUCUCUACAGAUGUACCAACAUGCCAGGCAUCCAAAUCGCUUGGCAGAGACCAGGGUGCUUACUUCAAAGACAUUUCAUUUCAGAGAAACUAUCUGGUCUACCUUUUUUAAUAUAAACAAAUGA